AUAAAGACCAAAGCAGACAUUUUUACGAACCAGGGAUCGGUAGAAGUAUGCGGAAAGGCAGUCAAUUGGGGUGGAGGUCUUGGUAUGGAAAUACCAUGUGUUUACAUUUUUGAUGGUCCUCGGAAACACGUGGAUUUACUUGAACAAUUACUAGACGUUGGCAACAACCCAGCAAUACGAGCGGAGGAUGAUCCUGGUACAGCUCGCAGCAAGCAAACAACGUCAAUGUGUAACAGGAGGCAAAAAACUUUUAGUAAGGGACUAUAAGUAGUACAAGGGUCAAACACCGGAAGAAAGACAGACUUCUUCAAAAUCAAAUAUGUCACCCUUCUUUGUUACUGUUUUUUUUUUAGUACUGUAAUAAUAUCUUAUUCACCCGUAAAAAUCUGUCAUUAUUUGAACAGGGUACAAUGUCUACAAUUAUCACAUAAUUGUGCCAAUGAAAAUAGACAGUGUGCAGAUAACCAGUGUCCGUAAAGCGGGGUUGACAAGAUAUGAGAGUUGGUGACUCGGGACACAGAAAAGUGUCCGUUGUCCGUAUUAACCGGUGUCCGUAUAAAGCGGGUUAAUUUUAGAGAAAAUAUAUGAACUUUUUGUCCCGACAAACAAAACUGUCCGUAUUAAGCGGGUGUCCGUAGAGCGGGGCUCCACUGUACAUGUUUUUUUAUGUGGAGUCAUACAGUAAAUAGUACAGAUACAGAGUAGUACAUGAGUAGUAUAGGGCGCACCGGUUACUCCUGUUUUUUGAAGUGGAAUAAAUUAACGCCGAUGACGUCAUAGCCUUUGUCUCUUUCUCAUGAAUAAAAUACACAGGAAUCUCAUUAACAUAAGAUCGUGUGCUAUUUUUAGUUGGUUUAGGUUUUCUAAACCUUUUCUUUUUUAAGGUCGAUAAACGUCUUCGUUUUCGAUUGGUUAGUUAGAAAAUAAGAAACGUUUUCAUUCCUUAAUUCAUAGUGUCUGCGGAGUAAAGUCAAACUUGUCUGUGACUUAAAAUCACUGAGACGUAUCGUAAUUAUGCAAGUCCUAUUUCGUGCUGCUGUGAUUGUCCUAGUUCCAAUUCACUGAUUUUAGGCGAGCAAAUCGUGCAUAUUAAUGAGGGCAAAGGCAAACUAGCUUGUUUUACUUACCCAACACCCUCCUACUCCCCUGCAAUUGAUAAAUUUUCCCUUUGUGAUUUUACUUUUUAUUUUUAAUUUCCCUCCUCAGUUUUCUUCCCUCCUUCACAAUUUUAUUAUUUUCCCUCCUCAUUCUUGAACUCCCUCCUUCUCCACAAUUUUAUCAUUUUCCCUCCUCCUCCUCCACAUUUCUAUUGUUUUCCCUCACAAUCACAGCAGCAGGAAAUAGGACUAGCUUGCAUAAUUACGUUACGUCUCAGUGAUUUUAAGUCACAGACAAGUUUGACUUUACUCCUCAGACACUAUGAAUGAAACUAACCAAUCGAAAACGAAGACAUUUAUCGACCUUAAAGUAACUAGAGAAUCUAAACCAACUAAAACUAGCACACGACCUUAUCUUAAUGAGAUUCCUGUGUAUUUUAUUCAUGAGAUAGAGACAAAAGUCUAUGACGUCAUCGGCGUUAAUUUAUUCCACUUCAAACUAAUGAGAUUCCACUUCAAAAAACAGGAGUAACCGGUGCGCCCUAUACUACUUACAUGUACAACUGAUGUCGUCGAGGUGUUUGGAUUUCACAAAAGACACUCUUUGCGUGUUUGAUAGAACUUGUCGAAUGAUCAGUAAUUCUUCAAAUAAUUUAAAUCAGAUAAUUUUUGGUUAUUAAAUCGCAUUUCUAAACCUCAUACUCUAUAAACACUAACCAAAACGAUAACUGGCGCCUGCUACACAGACCAAUAAUUAAAUCAUUUGCUAAAAAGCCCACGGAGAAAAACUGCUACGGUAUAUAAUUUUUGAAAAAUUUCAAGUAAAUCGCUGCGAGCGAUCAACAGUCGAGAAAAUGGUGAACUUCUACCCUUUGCAAAGUCUCCAACUCAGAGACUUUGAAUGUCAUGUGACCUUGAAGUAACCAAUGAAAUAUUAAUAAACACUAGUGAAGAAGGAUUUUAACUUCUAUAACAGUGGUUGUUGCCUUAACUCUUUAGCUGUCUCUUAACUCUAUAUUUACCAAGAAAAGGCGAGAAAUGAAAGUUAAAAAGAGUUUGAUGUGGUGUACAAACACCUCGUUGGCUUUGUCCGUUUUAUUUUAGACAUUCCAAAGAAUGUUCGGAAAAUUCAGCUACGUCGCGCGUUUUUAACCAACUUCGCAGUGUUACGAUAUCAUGAUAAAACACUCUUUCCUGUGUUAAACAACUUCUAAAUCGAAAUGCAAGUUUGAAGUUAAACUCACAACUAAGUCAGUUAGUUAUAAACUAUACGUAUACUCAUGAACUCUCUACUUACAAGAAAAGUAAAUGUUGUAGCUGAAGAAUUUCAUUCUCUGUAACAGUUGUGAUGUUGUUUCUUUCCAAAUGGCUGCGAAUGUGUUAAAAGUAGCUUUAAAUGUCAGUGUAUUUCACGGUGAGAACACAAGAUACUUAAAUUACGUAUAUAAGAGCUGAGUCAAACUGAAAGAACACAAACAUUCGUCCACCUCUACAGAAAAAAAAAAUAAAGUACUCAUCACAUCAUCAACUGGUCAGUUGCACAGAUCCAUUUUACUCACAUAGAUUUAACGUUUUUGUAGCUAUUUCCAAAUUGAAAUCUUGGGAUAUUAUUUCCAGAGAGGUCUCUGUUGAGAAAAAUAUAGACUUGUUACUCAUCUUUGUUCUUCGUAAAAAGCUGCACGGAAAUCUCGAAACUUUUACUCAGUUUGUCUUAACUUGCUUUCCGUUGAAGCAUGCUAGAAUAACUUACACUAUUUCCACAUCCCAGCGCUCGUCAAGUCCCGGGAUUUCGUAAAGUUGAGCAUUUCUACACUGUAGAAGCUUCUUAUUUUGAUACAGUUUACAUCCCGGAGGAAAAGCACCAGAGGUUUCUGAAAUGAGUGUCGGCAAUGGAUUAUUUUCUCCAUAGGACAACGAGGAAGCCUCGGUAAGGGGCAGUUUCCCUGGAGAGUUAAGGAGGAACAAAAUUAAUAUUGGUGUUAAAAACGGCUGGUUCAUCCUUAAAUUUUUGGCAUCUUUUGAACACGUAUGCUGACGUCAUAAUUGCACCGUUCAUGCACGCGUACGCUGUCACUAUACGCGUGCGCGCGUGCAUUACAACCUUCGACGUUCGUCUCUGCCUUUUUUUAUUGCUUUCAAAUAAAACAAGCGUGGAAGGGAAUACAUCAUUGAAACGUUCAGCUCACGACUGCUCUGAAUCUCUUUACUUAUCACCCUCUGAUGCAACAUAUAACUAGUACUUUAUUUUUUAAGAGGCCUUGCUUUCCUCUUCAAAAACAAAAGUCAUAUUUCCCAUUAAAAUUAUGCCUAUUGUAGUGCAACUUCCAUGUCCUGUCCGAUGUAGGCAAUCAAAAUCCGGAAAAAAAAAUCCUCUCCUCUGAACUUCUUUGAAUCUUCGACCAGCAACACGUGCAGCGUGGAACGGCGUGCAGUGUGGUGGAAUACCUAGAGCAAAUCAUUGAUUGUGACGUCAAAAAUGAACGACAGGUAUUGCGCACGCCCCGAAUCUGACAUCCAAAGAAUCGAGAAUUUUUCUUCGCUUGGAUGUGAAGUAACACCGCUGAUGCAAUUAUGUUUGUUAUAUGAUGUCAUACCACACAAUUAGAGGGCGUUAACUUCUAUUACGUCAAAGGUUAACUAACUCGAAGACUUGAUGUUUGUCGCAAUUGAUUGAUAAUGAUUGACUGAAAAAAAAAUGAGCAAGCGCUGGCUGGAAAUCAGCUCACUAUUGGUCAUUUUAUUUAUCACUUGUUGUACUGGAGCAAAUGUUCCCUCGCCCGGAUGCAAGGUCAAGAACUCUGGAAAAGUGUUGCAGUGCAGGGGUGUCGGACUAAACAGGAUACCUGAGACGAUACCUGACGGAAUUGUGGUCGUGUGAGUGAAUAUAGAUUUUAGCCCAUUGUGUGGCUUUCGUUACUUUUAGUGUCUCUCUUUAGAAGGAAAAUCUCCCGAAUGCACGAGCAAAAUGACGAGUUUAUGCGACAACGUGACGAAUGUAGAAUGUAGAACGAGAAAUUUUAGUCAUUUUCUGUAUUACUCUCGCUUGAAUCUACAGGAAAUUGCCUUACAGAAUCCAAAAACUUACGAAGAAAUGUCGUGAUUGGGUUCAUGGUUCGUUACUAAAAGAUGCCUUCAGAAAUGACCAGUUUUUGCACUUUAGGAGAUUCGUUCUUUGUUGUCAAACAUAAGCUUACGACAUUAUUUUUUUCAUCGUUUUAAACUAGCCAUUUCGCUCGCGCCGAGCACUUACUUGUUUCUCUCUUUAAAGAGACGGUCCCCUAACAGUAACGAAAGCCCACUCUAGUCCCUAUACUACGCACGCGUUCUCUCUUGACCCGUUGUCCGCGCGAAGUCUGGGAAAGAGCGGGCGAGUCUCUCUCGGUGACGCCACCGCUCAAGGUAUUAUCCAGCUUUUUAGGCCUACACCAGCAGUUUUAUGGGAAAAAAGUAAAAUUGGUUGGAAUCUCUCGAAAAAAAUUCUGUAUGUUGUCUUAAAUCUUAAUACUUAAGACUAGUCAAACUGAUUCUAAUGGGCACUAAUUCAUCAAACAUUUCUUGUUUUUAGUGAUUUGAGAGAAAAUAAUAUCAAACAUAUAAGACACGAAGACGCUAAAACCCUUUUCCAGUUCCGGAAAGUGUAAGUAUAACAACUUACAGUAUUUGCAAAUUCACUGUUAAACAGAAAGCUGCGUUCUAGAAAUAAUUAACAAUUAUUGGACGAGGUUGAGCAAGAUAUCGUGAUUUGUCAGUGGCGAGCGCUUUGGCAAAUAAUUGAUCUGCGAGACACUGGCAAAUCACCCUAUUUUGCGAUAACCGAGUUCAAUAAUUGUUUUAUCAUUGGAUCCUGACCAAGUUUGUUUUUUAACGAAUAUUUUCGGGAAGCGAAGCGAUCUGCCAUUUUUCACCCAAGAGUGACCGCAAGAAGGAGAAAAGCGUGGUAUCGUUUACGCAUGAGCAGAAUGUUAUUUGCAGCCAAAUACAAUCCCGACCCCAGUGCUUACGGCCAGACCAAUACGGCUAUAUUACUCGCAAGAGCCAGGUGCUGAGGUACUCCUCUGCUCAUGUCGUUCAUGUACAAAGGGGACCAUUGAUCUGCUUGGCUUGGCUGUAUGAUUCUGUCAUUAUUAAAUUGAGUUUAAUUUUUUUUUCUUCAGUUACCUGUCUGGGAAUCCAAUACACUGCGACUGCAGUCUUGAAUGGCUGCGAUUGCUACUUGUGAAGAACGUGUUACAUGCUGUACAGGAUGGAGAACAUAUCAAAUGUGCUUCACCGCUGCGUGCUGGAGACAAGGCUCUGAUUUCUUUGUCUCACAAUCAACUAUGUGGUAAGCCAACGGAAUUCCCUUCUUACAAAGUGUAACUUACACAUUUUCAGUCUGAUUACAUUUGGGCAAGUUUUUAUGGUCAAACGUAAAGUUCGAAUUCACCACAAAUGCGCUUACAUGGAGGAUAACAACUAAAUAAAUACUCGAAAAGCAGGGGUCAGUUAGAAUUAAUAAAACAGCAUAAUUAACUUCUGUUGCAGUGCACACUAUUUUCAGAGAGUAUGUCAUUAAAAUAUUAAUACAUAGAACAAAGUAUGGAAAGAAGAAAUACCAACGUUUCAGUCUGUUGCUUCCGCACCUUUCGAUGGGAAAUUGGCCACGUAGUGUCCGGGGUCGCAGCUAUCACAUAUUUCCUUGAAUAAAACUAGGGGAGCGAGGCGUGGUGAAGACAACCUCGUCCCCAGGGCUUUUCCCUAACCCAUUUUUUAAGGGAAAAGCCCUGGGGACGAGGUUGUGGUGAAGAGUCACUUGGAAGGUAAAAAGGAGAGAGGGGAAUGUGACUUGGGAUGAAGCAUAAGGUAAUCGGAAGGAAUAAAGGAAUAUGUUGCAGCAUAUAUUGACUCAGUAUACUAUUCCUGGUAACAGUCUUAUUAAUCAAAAAUGUUCAAGAAACGUGAUUUCUAAGUUUCGGGUGAUCCAGUAGAAAUCGAAGCUACCCUUCUGAGUAAACUUGGAGCAAUUUUUAUUGCUUUAAUUUCCAUGCUUCAGUCAAUUUGUGAAAUGAUGUCUAAAGAAAGCCCCAAGUCUGUCUGCCUUAUAUUAACCCCUAUCUUCUUCAUAAAAUUAUCAAAACCUUCUGUAUAAAUACUGGGACAUUCUGUUCUGAGCUAGACCUUUAACUGAGAAGGUUUUAAUUCUUCAUGAUUCAUGUUUCAUUAGGUUCUGAUGAAAAUCGCCAGAAACAUUCUCUCCAGAAAAGAAGUCCAGGUAAGUAUGUAUGCAUGUUUUUCAUCCCCGAUCAGCCUGCGUCGAAAGCGUCGAAAUGAGAGGCGAAAGGAGAACCCUCGUACCCUGCGCCUUCGUUCCCUUUGACCAGCGGUCGGCAAACGAGCUCCUCCCGCCAAGCCAGCAUGCGCAGUAAGGGAGGAAGACUCGAGGUAGGAGAUUAGGAAAGCGAGAGAAAAAGGGAGAAGGGAUUGGGGAGAGACUACCUCUUCUUCCUCUCCCUUUUCCCUUUUCGCGCCGUUUUCUACCCCUCCCCUCCCCUUUUUUCGCGCCUGUCAUCUAGGCUAUUUGUAAGAAUGUGCCAACUGAAAAUUAGGGGAAACAAAUUAUAACGAACUAGGGGAUUCUGCUCCGAUUCUGCUACGAUUCUACCAACUACCAAAUGUAAGCUCCUCAUAAGCAUUUUUAUUUUUUAGGGUAAUUCCCUUGAAAAGGAUGUACUAACCAGAAUUUUUUCAAGCUUGUCGCAAUCAACAGCCAUAUAUAGGAGAUUGAAAAAAAUGCAAUACAAUGUAAAGAUAUGAUGUCACUGUGCUUGUUUUCGCCCUGGGUGUCCGUUUAUUUCAAGUGUUUUUUCCUAGUUGCGUACAAUAUGAUUGAAACUUGAAACACCGCCAAAAAUCAGUUCACAUCAUUUGCAUGCAAAAAUCAUAAAUCUAACUAAAAGCUAGAGCCCGCUUGUGUUUUUGGGGCUAUAAUUUUACAGAAAAGUGAGUUCAAUUACCCGAUCUUGCGAAAAAAAGGAAAACAAAUUGAAAAAAUGGUCAUUUUUAACAUUUUCUCGAGCUCAUACUCCUCUGUGGUUCCAAAUGCGGAAUUUCGCGCCAUUUACAUAAAACUACAGAUAACCCCGUUAACUCAAACUGUGAAGGGAAAAGAAAAACGAUUCGAGUUAGUGAAGGUUUGAGGAAAUCACCUAAAGAUCCAGUCCCAGUUGUUCCAACGGAUAAGUAUUAGGGAAAACAGUAGAGACCUUUAAAUUAGGUUUUUCAUGGGAAACCGCAAACUGCAGUUUGCAGUUUCACGUCGCCAGGAUUUCAAAUUUUAGCGAGGCGUUCAUUGUCAGGAGCCGAUUACUCCUGUCAUUGUUUAGUGCCGCCAUGUUGUUUUUCGACAAGUCAAAGUGCAUCACUUUUAUCGCCCAAAAAACAGGGAUAAGUCAUUUAUUCGAGUUCAAAAAUCGAACAAGCACACCGAAGACGGAUAAAGAAAGCUACUUCGUGCCUUUAAAAGUGAGGCUGUACAAUUUUUACUGGCAAAAAACCUUGCCGUAAGUCACUUACCGCUGAACGCCCUUCCUGGCGUUCAAACGUGAACUGCAAACUGCGAAUGGGAUCGCAAGACGGUGGUCACGAGACAUUCUCGUAUUUGCGGUUUGCGGUUUUCCAUCAAAAACCUGAUACUAAAGGCCUCUAAUGGCGCUAUCCAGUGGAGAGAGAUUUAGCCAGUGGAUGGCGUUAUCCACCUUAGGCCAUCCCAAUAAAAUGUUUCGUUUCCCAUCGCCCCGUCUCUUGUGAUGGUGGGUCGGUUGGUCGGUCGGGCAAAAAAAAAAAAUGAACACUUGAAAGGGUCUGGGUUCCAGAGAAGGCCGGGCUGCUAAGCAACAAAGCCUGGUUUACAAAGUCAACUCGAAAACGUCUUUUCGACUAUCAAAUGUCUAAACAGACUUUAAAAAACGUAGUAUCGAUGUUAAUUAAAGACAAGGACGUCACAUCAUACCAAUUGCUGUUAAUAAAACAAGAUCGUGUGCUUGUAAAUUAAAGUACUUGCUUCUUUGACUAGUGAAUCUGUUUUGUUUUUUUUGACUCUUCGAAAAAAUGGGUCGGUCGGGCGAUGGGAAACGAAAUCUUUUAUUGGGAUGGCCUUAUGAACCACUGGGUCUGGAAAUUUUAGGUUUAUCGCGAGAAUUAAACUUCGGAUUUACAAACUGCUGCAACAAUGAGGGAAUAAUGACAAACAUUUGAAACUGAGGCAGUCAACAGCACCAAGUCUUUUACGGCCAAAUUCGUUGGAUCGCCAGCGCGUUUUGCAAUUCGAAAAAAAAGGGGUUUUCUGUUCCGUCAAUCAUUUAGAAGCCUUCUUAGGAAACGCAUGUUUACUUUACGAGUUCAAAAGGUAAUGAUUUGUGAUUUUCGAUCCGUUUGGUUUGCUUCUGUGCUUUAAGGUUCGUUGUGAUCGCCCUGUUUCGGGAUAUAAUCGACUACUUUGCUUCGAAGAUUUUUUUGAUCUUUCUUGAUCUUGUCACUUGCAAGAAUAAAGAAAUGUCUGCCUCCUUUCCUCGACAAAGAUUCCACUGACCAUCGCCAUUUCCUCCGCCAUUCUUUUUGUCAGUUAUGUCUUGCGGGCCAAGCUGGGCGAGCGCGCUGCACUGUGAUUUGCAUUAACCCAGAAAAAUGACUGACGGAAGGGAAAAACCCAACAUUCCUUAAUUCGAAGUUUACAAAACGCCCAGCGCGAUACAAGGAAUUUAGCAGUGAUGCUACGUUUUGUUAAAAUUUGACUUCUUUGCCAUCAUUUCUUCAGAAAUAGACUUAUGCGGAGGAGCGAUCUGCCCAACGGAAAUUAACUGCAAGAAAGGUUCUAAAUGCAAAUGCCCAACUGGAUAUUAUUCAUCCGAGAGGACUUUACAACGGAGGAUAUGCAUAAACAUUAAUGAGUGUAAAAUGGACAAAACAAAGUGCGAUCCUAAGAAGAAUAAAGGAAUUAACGCAAAAACUCCGUGUAAAGACACACUGGGUUCGUAUGAAUGUGUCUGCAAACCGGGAUAUGAGCUAACACCUGACAAGAAAGACUGCAGAGGUAAUUCAUCACUACAGAAACUAGAGCCCGCUCAACACCAUUUAAAUCGUUGAGGUUUUUGGGAUUCUCAGGCAGUUUGGCAGCCUAUGAGAGUUUUUGAUUAGUUUGAUUGGUUGAUGCCUUGGAAACCAUCAACGAAUCAUACUUUUCAAGUAACGCUGACGGACAUCCUGGGUACCAGAGGUUUUUUCUCGCGUGUGACGGGGAGCCUCGUUGACCACAGACCGAGGACAAGAGCGGCGAAGCUGCAAGAAAGAGCUUUCGCGUGGAUCACUUUUUAAGACCUAAUGGCCAAAACCGGAAAUUGCGCAUGAAAGGCUUCUGGCAACCACUGUAGGGAGGGGAUAUUAGGGCUUAAAGGGCUUAACUUACAACAACAAAGCCGCUGUAGAAGCUGUUACUCAUUCGGAAUUCAAUAAAAUUCAUAGCUUUGGAGUCGUCAUCGUAUUGUUAAGAGGAUGACACUUGUACUAUGCAAUAUCUUUGCGUUUUCGUAGAAAUGGACGAAUGCAAAGACCCAGUGAAGAGCAAAGACUGUACUCUGAGUGGACAAAAAUGUGUGAAUACAAUUGGAGGCUAUGAGUGCAAAUGUGAUCCAGGUUUUAAGCAUGAUGCGAUCCGCAAGAAAUGCCUAGGUAAGACGUAGUUUUUGCAAAUUUUUCUCCCCUUCUGAUCCUCACCACCGCACUUACAGAGACUACAGUGCAGGCAUAAUAAACAAAUAAUUAAAUAACUAAAUAAGUAGCUAAAUAAAUAUAGCAAUCAAAAAUGGAUUUCAUGGUAGCUCAUCCUCACAGUUUUGGUCGUCUACCACUCCAGUGGAAGAGUUGCUUUUUAAGGAGACGGGUAAACCGGAAUACCAGGAGAAAAACCUCUCGUAUUAAGGGAGAGAACCAAAUGACAUCAAACUCAACCCACAUAUGGCGUCGACGCCGGCAUUUGAACCCGGGCCACAUUGGUGGGAGGCGAGAGCUCUCAACACUGCACCACCCUUGCUGCUUUACUGUGAACUGUAAAUAGGCUGCGAGAUCUCUCAUUCGCUUGCCGAAAAUCUGUGAGCGAUAUGCGAUAUGUGAUUUUCGAGCAAUAGAGAGACUACCCGCAGUCUAAACUGUAAAGAGCACUGAGAUAAACUGUGCAUUAAAGCAAUCGAUCAAGAAUGUUGGAGGUACCUGUAUUUUGGAACCGGCAGCUUAGUACACAAGAAAUGUUAAGACACGCGUUUUUGCUGAGUGCGAUUGUCAAAAGUAAAAACUUGCCGACAAGUUGAAAAUGAAUAGGGUUUUCUUAAUAGUUUUCAACCUGUCAUUUAUAACAUGAGUUAAUUCACUGAUCUGACUAAGCAGAUCCGGUAAACAGUGAAAUUCUCUUUACGAAUGGACUGAUCAUGGCAAGCCAGUAAUAAUGCCGAACUCCCUAAAAUGCACUUGCUCACUACAAAAGCCACAGGGACAACCGCAACCUUUUUUCAUCCAGACUGAAAAACUCAUGCGAAGUAAACUUCUUACAACGAAAAUUUGUUAAAUUUUCAGGGGUAAACUUUCUUCAAGUGCACUGCCAGGAAGCUCAAUAUGUAUUUUUUCGCUUUUUAGCCUCCUCCCGACUAACCAACAUUUUUUCUAUUCAUAAUAUAACCUGACAUAACAUACCAUGCAAUGGUUCGGUGUGGAAAGGUCUUCAAGAAUCGUUUGAAUGUACAUGUUUCAUUGUCGUUGUUUGAAUACACGUCUGAUUCUUGUUGCAGAUGUUAAUGAGUGCAAAAUCAGAAAACAUAACUGCUCUCAUCACAGUUACUGUCAGAACACCCAUGGAGGAUUCAAAUGUGUAUGUCCAAAAAACUAUGAGCUCAGCGGAACAAGCUGUAUCCCAAAUGACAUCACACGCUGGACUACUCCCAAGUACUUGUUACAGGAUAUAAUGGACGGCGUAUGGACUCGAUUAGUUGCUGCCGGCGCCGCAGGGAUCAUAGUCCUGUCCUUGUUUGUUAUUGUUGUCUUGAGCUGUAGAAAAAUGUGCAGGAAAUGUGCCGAGAGAAAGGAGCUAAAACGGCUUGCAUACGAAGGUAUGAAAAUGGUGGUCAACGCCGAGCCUCUCUAUGGGUAUUUCCGACGAACUGCGUCGAUCGAAAUUGCGACGAUCGCUAUCAACGAAACGACGAUCUUGAGGUUAAAGCGACGAUCGCAUUGCCGUUCUGAUCAAGUUUAACAAUUUAAGUUGUCCGAUGAAAACAAAGCUAAAAGAAUCUGCCGAAAAGUAUGCUGCACGUUCACAGUUGCUUUGCUCUUUGAUGUUGCUGCUUUUUUGUUUUCUCGUUUCCGUUUUGGUAGCUCGAGCUCGUUAGAAGCUUUAGGUACCUUGUAAAGCAAUUCUCGAUGUGCGACGAUUUCGGUGAAAAUCCGACGAUUUGAUGGAAAACACGCGACGAAAUCGACGUCCUUAGGUACCCAAUGAGAGGCUCAGCAUCUAUUACCAGCACUUUGUUGGACUCAGUCUUAACUGUGGAAGGGCGUUUGCUCUAAAAGGUUCUAAAAGUCAGCCUGUAAAACUUCUUACGCUGUCAUCUUGGUUGAGACAAUCCAAUCAUCAAAUUCCACUAUACUCGUGCCAACAGGAGUACUAUAGUCUGUGGAGAACGUGCCUCUUUACUUGUUAGUGGUAAUUAGCAGUCGAAAUAUAUUAUACAGUAAAAACCCGCCACUAAGAAAGCAUUUUCUCAAGUUGGCCUCAACAGGUCUUGACAUAAAUGGUAAUUAGCAGAAAUUUAAGAUAUGUAGGUUCUUAAAUGGGCUAACAUUUUCCGAAGAUAAAAUAUAUUGUAGCUAAGAAAUUUGAAGUGAUAUUCAGCUUAUUGCUUACAAAAAAACUGCACAUUGCAGUUGGAGUUAUACGAAACCUACGUCUCCAAGAGGAUCCUGAAUGUAGACUUACCUUAUUUGCCCAAGAGUACAGAAUUUUUUUAAUAUGGAGUUUAGAAAAUAAGAACGUGUUUCAAAUUUUAGGCUAAACAGGUCCUUGUAUCUGAGGGAACCUAACUGGUUCAAAUAUUUUAGCCUAACAGGUUCUUAAAAAUCAAGUUCUUAGUCGCAGUUUUUACUGUAUUCAACGGUAUCAAAGGACAGUGCUGGUCAGUAGCGCUAACUUAAAUGGUCACUUGCGCACAUUAAAUCUUUACUCAGUUUUCAUUUGGACAGUGACGAAGUCAGAUCUUUCUCUUUGCAGAACAAUUGAUGUUUGCCGCUGGAAUGUACGAUCCUGAUGCAAUGUUCUUUGCUGAGGGAGAAAUGGGUUACCCAGCUGACGAGAUAUUUUACCCUGAGGAGAUGGGUUAUCUCCCAGAGGGAAUGGAAUAUGUCCCUGAAGGAAUGGGAUUUCCUCCCGAGGGAAUGGGAUUUCUCCCCGACGGAAUGGGAUAUGCCAUGGAUAAUAUGGGUUACACUGAGGACAUGGUCUAUGCUGAUGAGAUGGGCUACAACAAUGAGAUGGGAUACCCCGAGGAAAUCUACGGGACCACCCCGACAGGCCCCAUGGCGACAGGGGAAAAUUUUGACCAUGAGGUGCCACAUACUUAUUACGAGGACGACGAUGAAAAUUCAGAAGGGGAGGGUCAGGUUGCCCCCUGA